AUGAAUAUUGUUGCGAAAUCUAUACUAUUAUUAAUUACUUGUACCUUGGUCGCGACGUUAAGCCCUCAUCCUAAGUUAGUCCUUAUUUCAUUCGAUGGUUUCCGUUAUGAUCUGCUUAAUGCUACAAUGUGCCCUAAUAUCUUCAAAUGGGCAACCCAAUCAUCAUGGUUUGUUAAUGGUUCUCAGUCUCAAUAUGUGACUUACACAGCACCAAACCAUAUGAGUAUAGUUACUGGUCUACAUGAAGUGGAUCAUGGUAUAGUUUCUAAUUAUUUCUGGGACACCGCCACGAAUCGUUUUUUUGAUUACUUCAACAGUACAAGGAAAGAAGGAGUUGUUAAUGCAUCUAUGGAUAGCUCGUGGUAUCUUGGAGAGCCUAUUUGGUUGACUAACGAAAAGUCUGGUAACAUGCGCAGAUCAGCAGCGUUCUAUUGGCCAAACGGUGAAGUGUCGUUCUCAACACCACCUCACAGACCGUGGAUUUAUAAGCAAUGGGAAGGUUUCCGCAAUCUCACUCAAUGGAUGGCUGAUGCUGAUGCUAUUAUUGAUUUGUUUACUAGUGAUGAAAACCCUGUGAACUUUGUUUCAUGGUACGUAGCCGAACCAGACCAUACACUACAUAUGAACGGAUUUUACAACGGUGAGCUACGAAAGAAAAUCCGUCAAUUGGAUCAACUUUUUGGUUACUUCAUUGCCAAACUUCACGACUCUGGGCUCGAGAACACCGUUAACAUUAUAUUUACGGCCGACCACGGGCACGCCGAGAUAGAAGGAGCGAAAAAUGUCAUGUGUGUACGCGAUUACAUUUCAACAGAAGGUUACGAUCUCGGCGAUCAUUUGAUUUAUCCGAACAACGAGACUAUUGCUCUAGAAAUUUAUCACAAUCUCACUCAGGCUGUUAAGGAUCAUGGUUACAAAGUUAACAUUCUUUUAAAAGAAGAAAUACCAAAGAGGUUACACUACUCCAAUUCAUCGCGUAUUGGUCGUAUAGUAAUUGAACCGGAAGUUGGAUGGGCGGCUUCACUCUCUUGCAAUACGAAGAGACUUUUGGAAACUUAUGCCCCAGGCAAUGUUAAGUUCAAUUCUUCCACUCAUGGUAUGGAUCCUGAACGAAAGGAAAUGCGCGCUGUAUUGGUUAUCGGUGGUCCAUCGAUUGUUUCAGGAAAGCGUAUAUUUGAAGUUCCCGAGAAUAUUGACUUGUACCCAUUCAUGUGUCACUUGUUAGCUAUCCCUAGCGCACCAAACAAUGCAUCUAUGGGAGUUUUAUCAAAAGCGCUUCGAGUCAAUAUGAUAGUCUUACCCACUACCGGACUAUUAUACGAAUGGGUGCUGUUUUUCGUGCUUAUAAUCCCAUCUGCACUCGUAGUCAUUCUGUUUAUGAUCUAUGCUUGUCGACAUACUAUUUUAACUGAAAAUUCAAGUUGGGCCUGGACUCAAAAGGGCUACCGCCCAUUGCUGAUGAACACUAUCGACGUUGAGCAGAUUGGAUCUUCGAGCGCAUCUGUUCCUUUAACAAAAGUGAAUGGUAACAAAGACGAAUCAAGUGAGGAUGAAUUCUGA